AUGUGCCUGCCAGGUACGGAAUUCGUCGAGUGCUUGGCCUUCUUCGGAGUCGCAAAGAACAUGGUGACCUAUCUCACGGGUGAGCUCCACGAGAGCAAUGUGGAUGCCGCGACGAAUGUCUCUACCUGGAUCGGCAGCUGCUUCUUCACACCGAUUAUCGGAGCGUUCCUGGCCGACACAUACCGGGGAAGAUAUCGUACUCUUGUAAUCUUCCUCUGGAUCUACACCGUUGGGAUGCUCACGCUGACGGUGUCAGCAUCACUCCCUCUGAUGAUGGAGUCGUCACCGCACAACACUGGCAUUGGCACUCGCCGUGCCGUGGUGUACCUGGGGCUCUACCUCGUGGCCCUCGGCGAAGGCGGCAUCAAGCCCUGCACCUCUGACCUGGGCGCAGACCGGUUCGACGGCGCCGACCCCGUGGAGCGGGUCACCAAGAGCUCUUUCUUCAACUGGUACUACUUCGCCAUCAACAUCGGCUCCCUGUUGUCCGGGACCCUGCUCCUCUGA